CUGACGCACCACAGAGCCGAGCCAGAACUCCCGAGGAUCCCCGUGGUCGUGUCAGACCCCAUAGACUGACGCCAGGCCGUCUAAACGGCACCCCUUAACCGCAGCAGCGCCGGUGUGACCAGACCCUGCCCUGGGCUCGGAGCCUUCGGAGCUGGCAUCGCUGCAGACACGUGCUCCGGGAACCCGAACCGCAGGGAGAGACAUUCACCCCGCCACCCGCUUUGGGAAUCUCCCGUGCGCGGGUGCCCUGGGUGCGGGGGGAGGGGGGGCGCUUCGUGGCCGGCCAACGCGGCCCGUUUCCUCCCCGGGAAGGCGCAGAUCCCCCGCCCCCCGGUCUCGCAGCACCAGCUCUCCACGGACCCCCCCGCCCCAGAACAGACGUCACGAGUCCUGGAGCCUCCCCGUCCCCACUCACCCAGCGCGUGUCUCUCGCCUCCGCUCCGGCCCAGCCGCUGCAGACCCGGCGCCGACCGCUGCUCCCCCGGGUUGACUGCUGAUGCUUCCCUGUCAUCUCCGCCAACGCUUCUAACUCCAGUGGAAUACCGGAGUCAACGGGAGAGCGCUCGGUGGUCAAUUUACCCCCGCUGGAUUGAUCGCUCCGCAGGCAGUGCCACAGCCCCAGGGCCUGUCAGCAAUGUUGCAGUGCAGACAUGCUCAGGAAUUCAGCUUUGGGCCCCGAGCUCUGAAGGACGCACUCAUCUCUACCAACCCUGCCCUCCAGGAGCUCUAUGCCAAAGCCUUCUCCAGCGCAGAGAAACUUUUCCUCUCCGAAGCAUACAACCCUCAGAGGACACUCUUCUGUACUCUAUUGAUCAGGACUGCCUUCGACUGGCUCCUCAGCCAUCCUGAUGCCCCUGAGGACUUCGAGACCUUCUAUCACUCCAUGUUAACGAAGAAGCAGAGUUUCUGCCAGAAGCACAUAUACCUGCAGCCGAUAGAUCUAAUUGAAGAGCCUGCUGGGAUCUCGCUGCUGGAUUCCCUCAGAAGCUGCCUAGAGUCUUUCUUCUUGGGCCUUCGUGUCAAGUGCCUUCCCUCUGUUCCCAUCUCCUCCAUCCGCUGCUGCCAUCGACAGAGCCAGGAUUCAGACAGAGUUCAGCUCCACACAGAUGGGAUCCUGACCUUCUUGAAGAACAACAAGCCUCCAGAUGCCCUGUGCGUCCUUGGACUCACUCUCUUGGACCUGUACCCUUGUGAGACUUGGAGUUUCACCUUUGGCAAAUUCCUGCCAGGACAAGAAGUGGGUGUCUGCAGCUUUGCCAGGUUUUCUGGCAGUUUCCCCCAGCCAGGCUGCACCACCUUAAAUCCAGCUACCAGGCGAGAGGAGCUGCGCGAGGUCACCGAGAAGGCCCGAGACCGGCCGUUGCUGUUCAGUGUGCUGGAGAUGGUUCAGUGUUGCAAGGUUACGUGUCAUGAGAUCUGCCACCUGAUUGGCCUGGGGAACUGCAGAUGGCUACAAUGCAUCAUGCAAGGCGUGCUGAGUUUGGACGAAGCAUUGCUGCGGCCCCCGGAGCCCUGCCCAGUUUGCCUCAGGAAACUGCAAUACGUUGCGGGCUUCAAACUCAUCGAGCGCUACAGGAAACUCUAUGCUUGGAUACAAACUGUAUUGUCUACCUGGCCUAGUCAAGAGUCAGACCUAUCAACAUCAGAGGACCUCCUGCCAUUCAGCUCAGACUCUGGGAUGUGCUGUGAGAAUGACUCUGAGCCUUUAACUUCCCUGUCUGAGCCAUUGACACCAGACACUUGCAGCCAAGCCUUUUCCAUUGGGCAGGAGCUGGAGCACGACCAGCAGUUUGUUUCUCCGGCUGACACGCACAGCCAGCCGCAGCUGGGCAGGACCACCAAGUCCACAGAUAUCAUUAAAGAUUAUGAACUAUGGCUGGAAACAUGCAUCGCUGCCCUGGAGAAGAACGUCUCUGAGGAGGAGCUGGCUCAAGUGGACAAAACCGUGGAUGCCCUGGCUAAGUGGGAAAUGUUUACAGGGCAGCUCCCCACCAUGAGGAAGGAUCUGCCCUUCCCCAGAGACAACGCAGGGCUCAGGAAAGUCCUGGGAGACAAAUUCUCCUCCUUGCGGAGGAAACUAAAUUAUAGAAAACUGUCCAAAGCUGAAUCUUCCCCUCAUCGCUGGAGUUGGGAGGAAAACUAGCACUGGUCUGACUUGUCCUUCCGCAGUCCUUGCUCCUUUCUGGGCUGGGAAAAGCAAGCUCAGCUCAUCAUUUUGAUUUAAGUUUUGUUACGAUUGCCAUGCAUUUGAUCCUUCUCACCAGAAGUUACUGGCUGGCUGAGAAGGAAACGAACUCCCUACUGAAAUGAAAGCU